AUGUUUCCACAAGGCCAUUUUUAUAUUUUGUCCAGAAAACACGGGUUUGCACUUGAUGUUUAUGAUGGACAAACAAAAGAAGAUGCCAACAUCAUUGUUUGGCCUCAAAAGUUUCAAGACAGUGAUAACCAAUUAUGGUCAUUUGAUCAUGGCCGUCUAAUCAAUAAGAAAUCGGGUCAUGCUUUGGAUAUUAGUUCAAGUGCUUUUAGAAAAGACAAAAUCAUUGUUCAGAAAAAGAUGAAAGCCAAUAAACAAUCACAAGAAUGGAUUUAUGAUCAAGGCUUUAUUUGCUCCAAGGAAUACCCAAGUCUUGUACUCGAUAUCAGAGGUGAUAGUGCUAAAGGAGGUGCCCAAGUCUUGUUAUAUAAGCGUAAAGACACAGACAACUUGAAUCAACUAUGGCAAUUUGAACCCUAUCAACAAUUUGAAGGUGCACUUAAUUUGGCUGCUACUUCACUUCCUCUGCAUAAGAAAGAAGGAUUUGGUCAGCCUAGACUAGGUUAUGGUGCAGAACCUGGUGUACCACCUGAAUUAAAGCAAAUACCUGAACAUAGCAAGAUUGCUGGUGUAGGCAAUAACACAGUUCCUUCUUCCACUACCAAUGGUCCUGGCGAUUCUCGUCAUGAUCCUGUUUUGGCACAAUAUGGAUCCUUCUAUGGUGGUACACCUACUUCCCCUCCACCUGCUCAACCAGGCCAUGCUCCUCCUUUACCGCCCAAGAAUGCUAGCGCAGGUUAUCAUCAUCCUCCUCCUCCUCCUCCUCCAUCUGCUUUUCCUGAACCAAUUCCUGCUUCCAGCGUGCCCAACUCGACCUAUCCUCCACCUACUGGCUACCCUUCAUCUACUGGUGGUGGUGGUUAUCCUCCUAGUUCGCCUUCUAAUUAUCCUCAACCAGGCGGUUUCUCUACUUAUCCACCUAUAUCGCCUUCUCAUUCUUCUCAUGACUAUCCUCAUCCUGCCUACCCGCCCAGUAACAACAACACAGGUUAUCCUCCUCCUCCUCUUUCCUCUUCUUCUUCAUCUGGUUAUCCUCCCUCUCAACCAUAUCCUCCACCUUCAUUAACAGAAGGCUAUCCUCCUCCUUCUUCAUCCACGGAAGGUUAUCCUCCUCCAUCGAAUCAACAUGGCUAUCCUCCACCCCCAUCCACAGAAGGCUAUCCAUCAAAUCAACACGGUUAUCCUCCCCCAUUGUCUAACAGACAAGAACCCUAUGGCUAUCCUCCCAAUUACCAAUAA